AUGGCUAACGAACGCAGUGUGUACUCGUCCGGCCAGUUCAUGAACCCAGGCCCGGCGCCACGACCACCUACCGAUCGACCUCGUCUCGCCCUCACCCCAAGCAAUACCCUACCCGGCAGCAUGGCCAACAUGGCUAUUUCUCCUAUCCGGAGCACAGCGACUUCGACCUACACCGGCUCCACAAUCUCUCUCCCCAUCGCCCGCCAACAGAGCAAUCAGAACGAUGGCAUGGGAGGCGUCGCUGUUAAGAAGGAGGGCUGGGCUUCCGUGAAGGAGUCCAAGAACUUUAUCAACCCGUGGAAGCAGAAAUACCUCAUCCUGCGAAAAGAGUCGCUCGACUUCCACAAGACUGAGGGUGGCAAGGUCGCGUAUACCCUCUUCCUGAAAGACGUCGUCAACGUCGGCCGUGUCGAGGCCGCUGGCACCAUUUUCGAGAUUAAGAGAAACCCUAGCGGCUCGUCAAACAGCCCCGGCGAGGACGAUGGCCAGACCAAGACGUUGCAAAUUCGUGUCAAGAGCGACGACGACUUGUACGAAUGGAUUGAUCUUAUUUACGGCGCCUGCCCUGGAAUGGGCGGUGUCAGCAACCCCACCAACUUCUCCCAUGCAGUCCACGUUGGUUUUGACCCCCAGACUGGCGAGUUUGUCGGCUUGCCACCCGAAUGGUCGAAGCUCCUCAACUCAUCCGCCAUCACAAAGGAGGAUUACGAGCGCAACCCCCAGGCUGUCUUUGAGGUCCUCGACUUCUACUCAGACCUGACCAAGCGCGCCGAGAACCCCCAGCAAUACUCCAGCCUCACACCUACGCCUCCCGCCAGCAGUCAGCAGAACAAGCAGCUUGGUUAUGGCGGCGGCGGUGCAGGAGUUGCGCCGCCUAGGCCUAUGCCGCCUUCUCAGGCCCAGCGUCAACCCAGCUACAAUACCCAGCCGUCAUCGCAAGGCCAACAACGCCGGCCUUCGCCCACGGAACAGCAGCAGCAGCGCCAGCAAAUGCAGGGUAUGGCUCCCAACUACCAGCCGGAUCCUCGCGAGGAGCAGCGCAUGAAGCAGCUUGAGGCGCAGCGUUCCCGAGAAAGGGAGAUUGAGGAGCAAAACCGGCGGGACCUAGAAGUAUUCAACGCUUCCAUCCCCAAAACCAAGACGCCCAUGGCCCAACAAGAGAUUGGUGGCUACGGCGGCAGCUCUUCCAUCCCACAAACAGACAGAUACAACCCUUCGAGGGCAGCCCCUCCAGCACCCAAGCCGUCACAGCAGCAGCAGCAAGUCAAUGGCCUGCGUGCGCAGCGCCCGGCACCAUCGCCGCCCACCACCGCGGGCACGCCAAACCGUCCCCCGAUGACUUCGCAACAAAGCUCCAGUUCCAUGCGAGAUCCCAACCAGGGCCAGCGCAUGCCUCGGCAAGACCAGCCCUCGAGCCAGCAGCAACGGUAUCCCAACGGCAGCCCCCAGCAGCAGAGGCAACCUCCUCAGGCUCAGGCUCCGCCACCGUCUCGACUGCCCGCUCCUGUCAAGCCUUUGAACGUGUCCAAGGCUCAGCCCGCCGCCCCUCAAAGCGAUGGCGUCAAGGCCGCCGAGGCAGCUCUCACUGCCAAGCCACCUGCGCAAGAACGCAAGCAAGAUGUGCGCAUGUCCACCAUGUCCGAAACCGAGGUUAUGGCCAAGCUCAAGGAGGCCGUAUCCAAGGACGACCCCAACCUUUCCUACUCCAAGCAAAAGAAGAUUGGACAGGGUGCUUCGGGUUCAGUCUACGUUGCCAAGGUCAAGGAAACCGCUGUUUCUCCCAUUGCCCGUGAUGUCCUGCGUGCUCAGGGUAUCAAGGCUCAAGUUGCCAUUAAGCAGAUGGAUCUUGCUCACCAGCCCAGGAAAGAGCUGAUUGUGAACGAGAUUAUGGUCAUGAAGGACAGCAGGCAUCGCAACAUUGUCAACUUUUUGGACGCCUUCUUGCGAAACAACAACGCUGAGCUCUGGGUCGUCAUGGAGUACAUGGAGGGUGGCGCUCUGACGGAUGUGAUUGAUAACAACCCCAGCAUCACUGAGGAGCAGAUUUCCACAAUUUGCUUGGAGACAUGCCGUGGUCUGCAACAUCUCCACUCCCAAAACAUUAUUCACCGCGAUAUCAAGAGUGACAACGUUCUUCUGGACGCUCGUGGCAAUGUCAAGAUUACCGAUUUCGGUUUCUGCGCCAAGCUCACCGAAACCAAGUCCAAGCGUGCGACCAUGGUCGGAACGCCCUACUGGAUGGCCCCUGAGGUUGUCAAGCAGAAGGAGUACGGCCCCAAGGUUGAUAUCUGGUCUCUGGGUAUCAUGGCUAUUGAGAUGAUCGAAUCUGAGCCGCCUUACCUGAACGAGGAGCCCCUCAAGGCUCUUUACCUGAUUGCCACCAACGGUACUCCGCGCCUCAAGAAGCCCGAGAAGUUGAGCAAGGAGCUCAAGGCUUUCCUGUCGGUCUGCUUGUGCGUAGACGUCAAGAGCAGAGCCUCUGCCGACGAGCUUCUUCAGCACGACUUCCUCAAGCACGGAUGCCCGCUGGGCAGCCUGUCUGAGCUUCUUGCCUUCAAGAAGCACGCCAAAUAA